AGGUGUCAGUCCGCGCGUCGCUUCUGCAGCUGUCGGAGUUUGUGUGUGUUCGCAGUCUGUGAUGGCGACCGCAGGUCCGAUCAGCGCAGCUCGAGACCGAACCGACUGACAGGGCUCGCGACCAUGACCCGCAGAUUCAGGAUGAGAUGAGAGCCGAUCUGAUCUGAGCCGUCCCGAGCCGCAGCUGCUGCGCAGUUGACGAACACGAGCUGUGUGAGUUGUGUGUCUCCGUGAUGAUGAAUACAGCACAAGUCUUCCCUGCUUCAUUCUUUAUUCAUCUGGGUUCUGGAUGCUGAUUGGUCGGUUCUAUAAGAGUGGUGUGUAGAGUGGCGUUAUGUCAGACGAGAGAUGUCCUCAGCUGGUGGAUUAUUUCGUGGUGGCCGGUUUAGCGGGUGACUCUUGUCCUCUGGAUGAAGACGGGCGUGAGAGGGGCGCGCGAGCGGUUCAGCCCGUCACUGAUGUGGCCGUGAUCGCUCGCGGGCUCGGUGAAGACGUGCCGGAAGGUUUCACCUGCAUCGAGAAAACACUUGGAGGUCAUCCGGCAGAACUGAGCGCCGGUUUACUGAACAACCCGCACAUGUUCCUGUGCUACAGACGAGGACACGACAAACCGCCCAUCAUAGAGCUCGGUGUUCUGUAUGAAGGGAAAGACCCCACCCGGCCAGGAUGGCUCAUGAUUGAGACGACACCGUACAGCCGGUCGGCCAGCCUCAGUUCUGGUGGUCCCACGACCCACCGGACGUUCCUCAUGUACCGCAGAGCACCAGACUCACAGGCUCUCAACACUCUGGGUGUCACUGAGAUCACACUGCUCAUGCCCAGCAAGGGUGAAACCGCACCGCACACUUACUGCAGAGUCGACAAGAACCUCAACACUGGAAUGUGGGGUCCGGCGCUGUAUCUCUGCUACAAGCGUUCGGUGGCUAAAGCAAACACUCUGGUGUAUGAGGCAGGUCUGAUCAGUCGGUACCCUGAGGAGGAUCUGGAGUCUUUCCCUCUGCCCGACUCUGUGCCCGUCUUCUGUCUCCCGAUGGGCGUGACUGUAGAGAGCUGGCCAAUCAACACCAAGUACCAGCUGCCCGUCUUCUCCACGUUUGUCCUCACCAGCGCUUCUGGAGAUAAGGUGUACGGUGCUGCCAUACAGUUUUAUGAGGCGUAUGGCCGCGAGCGUCUGUCCGAGCGUCAGUGUGUUCAUCUGGGUCUGCUGAGCGUGGUGGACCGGCGGCCCAUCACUAACCGCAGUCUGCAGGUGAAGAAGAGCAUCUGUGUGCUGUCUCACUGGCCCUUCUUCAGCGUCUUCCAGAAGUUUCUCACCUUCAUCUACAGAUACUCCAUCUCUGGAGCUCACGUGCUGCCGCUGGAGAAACAUAUAUCCAGCUUCAUGCACAAUGUUCCGUUCCCGUCGGCUCAGCGUCCUCGUAUCCUGGUGCAGGUGAGACGCUCAUGUUAUUGUGUCGUGAUGUCAUGUGAUGUGUGUGUGUGAUGUGUCAUUAAACGCUCACACUCCCCCCGCAGGCGUCGCCCGCUCUGAUGCAGUAAGACAGUCCUGACGGUCAUGUGGGUAACGGGGGUGGUCGGGGGGGUGUAGAGAUCUACAGUAGAAGACAAUAAUCAUCGAUAAUCCUGCGCUUGAUCGGAACUUCUCUUAUUCUGUGAUUCAAUAUUGAUUCAGUAAACUGGUGUUGGGCUGAAAAAAACGCUGCAUGAGGUGAUGGACGUAAACGUGUGUGUGUGUGUGUGUGUGUGUGCGUGUGUGCGUGUCACUCCAGGUGUGUGUGUCACUCCAGGUGUGUGUGUGUGUCACUCCAGGUGUGUGUGUGUGUGUGUGUGUGUGUGUGUGUCACUCCAGGUGUGUGCGUGUGUGUCACUCC